UGUGUCACACGACUGAGGUGAGGGUUCACUGAGAUGAGGCUGUGGAACCUCAGCACAGGGCCUGGGCGCAGAGUAUACGCUCAGUCAGCCGUGACUGUUCUCGUUCACGGUCCAGGGUGCCACCACCUCCUCCAGGGCCUGCGGAGGCCUGGCUGGGGCCCUCUGAGGAAGGGGGGUGGUGUGGAUGGCAGAGGAAGAGAUCCAGGCUGGAAGCCAGGCACAGUCACCGCUACGGUCUAGGCAAGGGUAGGGGAUCCACUGCCCUGCCCAGGAGGCCCAGGGCCUGCAAUGGAGCCCAUAGCUCGAGGUCGCGCCCCACCCUGAGCAGCCCCCGGAGGUGGCCAUGCUGCCCCGAGGGCGCCCCCGGGCGCUGGGGGCCGCAGCACUGCUGCUGCUGCUGUUUCUGAUCGGUUUCUUCCUGUUCGGCGGGGACCUGGACUAUGGGCGGCCACAGCCGCGGGGGGCUGCUGCCCUCGACGGAGACCUGCCGGCGGGCUACGGGGGCCACAACAGCUCAGAUUGCGAUCCCCCGCGGCCGCGGCCGCGGCCGCCCAAGUGUGAGCUCUUGCAGGUGGCCAUCGUGUGUGCAGGUCAUAACUCCAGCAGAGACAUCAUCACCCUGGUGAAGUCCAUGCUCUUCUACAGGAAAAAUCCACUGCACCUCCACUUGGUGACUGAUGCCGUGGCCAGAAACAUCCUGGAGACGCUCUUUCACACAUGGAUGGUGCCUGCUGUCUGGCCCCAGGUCUCCUGGAUCCCCAACAAGCACUACUCUGGCCUCUAUGGGCUAAUGAAGCUAGUGCUGCCCGGUGUCCUGCCCCCUGACCUGGUCCGUGUCAUUGUCCUGGACACAGAUGUCACCUUCGCCUCCAACAUUGCAGAGCUCUGGGCACUCUUUGCUUACUUUUCUGACAAGCAAGUGAUCGGUCUCGUGGAGAACCAGAGUGACUGGUACUUCGGCAACCUCUGGAGGAACCACAGGCCCUGGCCUGCCUUGGGCCGGGGAUUUAACACAGGUGUGAUCCUCCUGCGGCUGGACCGCCUUCGGCAGGCUGGCUGGGAGCAGAUGUGGAAGAUGACGGCCACGCGGGAGCUUCUCACCCUACCCGCCACCUCACUGGCUGACCAGGACAUCUUCAAUGCCGUAAUCAAAGAGCACCCGUGGCUGGUGCAGCCCCUGCCCUGCGUCUGGAACGUGCAGCUGUCAGACCACACACUGGCUGAGCGCUGCUACUCAGAGGCAUCUGACCUCAAGGUGAUCCACUGGAACUCACCAAAGAAGCUCCGCGUGAAGAACAAGCACGUGGAAUCCUUCCGCAACCUCUACCUGACCUUCCUGGAGUACGAUGGGAACCUGCUGCGGAGAGAGCUCUUUGGGUGCCCCUGCCCACUGCCUCCUGGGGCCGAGCAGUUGCAGCGGGCCCUGGCACAACUGGAUGAGGAGGAUGCCUGCUUUGAAUUCCGGCAGCAGCAGCUCACUGUGCACCGUGUGCAUAUCACCUUCCUGCCCCAUAAGCCACCCCCCUCCCAGCCCCAUGAUGUCACCCUGGUGGCCCAGCUCUCCAUGGACCGGCUGCAGAUGCUGGAAGCCCUAUGCAGGCACUGGCCGGGCCCCAUGAGCCUGGCCUUAUACCUGACAGACGCAGAGGCCCAGCAGUUCCUGCGUUUCGUCGAGACCUCGGCAGUGCUCUCCGCCCGGCAGGAUGUGGCCUACCACUUGGUGUACCGUGAAGGGCCCUUCUACCCCAUCAACCAGCUUCGCAACGUGGCCUUGGCCCAGGCCCUCACACCUUACGUCUUCCUCAGCGACAUUGACUUCCUGCCUGCCUACUCCCUCUACAACUACCUCAGGGCCUCCAUCGAGCAGCUGGAGCUGGAUGGUGGGCGGAAGGCGGCUCUGGUGGUGCCAGCAUUCGAGACCCUGCACUACCGCUUCAGCUUCCCCACUUCCAAGGCCGAACUGCUGGCCCUGCUGGACGCUGGGUCUCUCCAUACUUUCAGGUACCACGAGUGGCCCCGGGGUCACGCACCCACAGACUACGCCCGCUGGCGGGAGGCUCAGGAGCCAUACCGCGUGCAAUGGGCAGCCGACUACGAGCCCUAUGUGGUGGUGCCACGUGACUGUCCCCGCUAUGAUUCCCGCUUUGUGGGCUUUGGUUGGAACAAGGUGGCCCACAUCAUGGAGCUGGAUGCACAGGAAUACGAGCUCCUGGUGCUGCCCGAGGCCUUCAUCAUUCACCUGCCCCACGCUCCAAGCCUUGACAUCUCUCGCUUCCGCUCCAGCCCCACCUAUCGUGACUGCCUCCAGGCCCUCAAGGAUGAGUUCCACCAGGACUUGUCCCGCAGCUAUGGGGCUGCUGCCCUCAAAUACCUCACUGCCCUGCAGCAGCCCCGAGGCCCCAUCUGACCUCACCCCUGCCCUUCUCGCCUUGGCUCUCACACACUCCCUGCAGACACUGGAGCAACCUGCCAGCACCCUACCCUCCCUGCUAUUUAAAUUAUUUAAGGUCUUUGUGGGAAGGGUUGUGAUGGAGUAUCUGUGGGGUGGGU